AACGUAGCUUGGACUCGUACAGACUUUUUCUUCUCUUCCCGCACCUAAAGCAGCUUCCACUGUAAAUUUAGCCUCUCAUUUAUUAUUAUUAUUAUUAUUUAUUAUUAACCAAACAAAAGCAACAAAGUAAAAGCAAAAGAUGCCACAGAGACACCAUCUUCUGACUUAGACCACCGAGUGUUACCAUAAUUCAACCCUCAAAGAUUCACUCUCCUACUCUUUUUCUUCUUCACUCUUCUAGCUUCACGUUGCAGAAUAAAUGUAUAAGAGUGACUUCCUUCAGGACCAAUCCCUAUGGAGGUGGUAAUGCAUUGGAAUCUCUGGUGCUGCAUUCUUUUGGGAUAUCUUCAUAUAUAUUGUAUUUCUCUUAGUUCAGGACAUCACCUGAAUAAGAGUAUUGGCUUAGAGAGGUGGUUGGGUUAUUCUGGGUCACUUGUGCGAGACGAUUCUCAACUCCAUGAUUCUGCAUUUGUUGACACAUCAACUUUGUCAUCACCAUUGAAUGUCUUAGUCUCUUGUGAGGACUUGGAAGGUGUAGGAUCUUUUAAUACCACGUGCUUGCUAAGCUCAACUCAUUAUUUAAAAUCUGAUAUUAACAUUUAUGGCGUUGGAAACCUGGAGCUACUUUCUGAUGUGUCGCUUUUAUGCCCUGUGGAAGGGUGCAUGAUAUCAGUAAAUGUGUCUGGCAACAUUAAACUUGGUCAAAAUGCAUCCAUUGUUGCUGGUUCUGUGGUUUUAUCUUCAGCCAAUCUGACUAUGGAAUGCAAUUCUUAUAUAGAAUCAUCAUCUUUAGGUGGGUCACCACCUUCCCAAACUAGUGGAACUCCUGUUGGCAGUGACGGAGCUGGUGGAGGGCAUGGUGGGCGUGGUGCAUCUUGUUUAAAAAAUAAUAAGACAAACUGGGGUGGUGAUGUUUAUGCUUGGUCUACAUUGUCUGAACCAUGGAGUUACGGGAGCAAGGGUGGUGGGAAAUCUCAUAUAAAGCAAUAUGGAGGGAAUGGUGGAGGACGUGUUAAGCUUCUAGUGAAGGACACUUUAUAUGUAAAUGGAUCUAUUACUGCAGAAGGAGGAGAUGGAGGGUCUGAUGGCGGAGGUGGCUCUGGUGGAAGUAUAUGGGUUCAUGCUGUGAAGCUGAAAGGGUAUGGUACCAUUAGUGCCGCAGGUGGGAGAGGAUGGGGUGGAGGGGGUGGAGGAAGAAUAUCACUGGAUUGUUACAGUAUACAAGAAGAUUUAAAUGUUACGGUUCAUGGAGGUUUGAGCAUUGGCUGUCCUGGGAAUUCCGGAGCAGCUGGAACAUAUUUCAAUGCACAUUUACUGAGUUUGAAAGUUAGCAAUGAUAAUGUCACAACAGAAACUGAGACUCCUUUGCUUGACUUCUCAACCAGCCCUUUAUGGUCAAAUGUUUAUGUGGAAAAUAAUGCAAAAGUUUUGGUUCCACUUGUGUGGUCCAGAGUCCAGGUCAGAGGCCAAAUUAGUGUAUACAGUGGAGGAAGCUUAAUCUUUGGGCUGUCUGAUUAUCCAAUUUCUGAGUUUGAGCUUGUUGCAGAAGAGCUUUUAUUGAGUGAUUCUAUCAUAAAGGUUUUUGGUGCAUUUAGAGUUUCUGUUAAAAUGUUACUCAUGUGGAACUCCACAAUGCAAAUUGAUGGUGGUGAGACUACAGUUGUGACUGCUUCAGUGCUUGAAGUGAGAAAUCUUGCUGUUUUAAGGCAAAAUUCUGUCAUUAGUUCAAAUACAAACUUGGCUUUAUAUGGUCAAGGACUACUGCAAUUGACUGGUGAAGGCGAUGCUAUCAAAGGCGAGCGAUUAUCCUUGUCUCUGUUCUAUAAUGUAACUGUGGGUCUAGGUUCUUUACUUCAAGCUCCUUUGGAUGAUGACACUAGUAGAGGCAUGGUGACAAAACAUCUUUGUGACGCACAAAGAUGUCCAAUGGAUUUGAUAACGCCACCUGACGAUUGUCAUGUCAAUUAUACACUCUCCUUCUCACUGCAAAUUUGUCGUGUUGAGGAUCUUCUUGUAAAUGGCAUUAUGAAGGGAAGCAUAAUUCACAUUCACAGGGCUCGAACUGUGAUUGUUGAUACAGAUGGUAUGAUUACUGCAUCUGAAUUAGGUUGCACUGAAGGUAUUGGUAAGGGAAACUUUUUGAAUGGAGCUGGUGGUGGUGCUGGACAUGGUGGAAAAGGAGGAUCCGGAUAUUUCAAUGGGAGAGAAAGUAUUGGUGGUAAUGACUAUGGAAAUGCUAUUCUUCCAUGUGAACUGGGUAGUGGAACUGAGGGCCCAAAUGAGUCAUAUGGGCAUGUUGUUGGAGGCGGGAUGAUUGUGGUAGGAUCCAUCCAGUGGCCACUUUUGAGACUUGACCUAUAUGGAACCUUGAGGGCUGAUGGUGAAAGCUUUAGCAAAUCAAUAACAAGCAGUGAUGGUUCUUUGGUGGGGGGUCUAGGCGGAGGUUCUGGUGGGACAGUCCUUCUAUUCCUUCAAGAACUUAGGCUCUUGGAGAAUUCAUCCUUGUCUGUUGUUGGGGGCAAUGGUGGACCUGUUGGUGGUGGUGGUGGAGGUGGAGGUAGAAUCCAUUUCCAUUGGUCAAAGAUUGGUGUGGAGGAAGAAUAUGUUCCUGUUGCAAGUAUUACUGGCACCAUGAAUAACAGUGGAGGUGCAGGGGACAAUGAUGGUCAUCAUGGACAAGAGGGUACUAUAACUGGGAAAGCAUGCCCUAAAGGUCUUUAUGGAGUUUUCUGCGAGGAAUGUCCUCUUGGUACCUAUAAAGAUGUUGAUGGUUCUGAGGAAGAUCUUUGCAUUCCUUGUCCUCUUGAUCUUCUUCCAAAUCGUGCAAAUUUCAUUUAUAAACGAGGGGGUGUUACAGAACGGUCUUGUCCAUAUAAUUGCAUAUCAGACAAAUAUCGGAUGCCAAAUUGCUAUACACCUCUAGAGGAGCUCAUUUAUACAUUUGGGGGUCCCUGGCCUUUUUCAGUAAUGUUAUCAUUCAUUUUAUUGCUCUUGGCUCUGCUACUAAGUACUUUGAGAAUCAAGUUGAUCGGUUCUGGUUCAUAUCAUAGUUCAAGUUCAAUUGAACACCGUAAUCAUCACCGUUUCCCAUAUCUUCUUUCCCUCUCCGAGGUCCGUGGAGCUAGAACUGAAGAGACUCAAAGUCAUGUACACAGAGUGUACUUUAUGGGUCCUAAUACUUUUAGAGAACCCUGGCAUCUUCCUUACUCACCUCCUCAUGCUAUAAUUGAGAUUGUGUAUGAGGAUGCUUUUAAUAGAUUUAUCGAUGAAAUCAACUCGGUUGCUGCAUAUGAUUGGUGGGAAGGAUCAGUGCAUAGUAUACUUUCGGUUGUUGCAUAUCCCUGUGCUUGGUCUUGGAAGCAUUGGAGGCGAAGAGUCAAAAUCAGUCGCCUUCAGGAAUAUGUGAAGUCUGAAUAUGACCAUUCCUGUCUACGGUCCUGUCGAUCACGUGCUUUGUACAAAGGGAUGAAGGUUGGGACAACUCCAGAUUUAAUGGUAGCAUACAUCGAUUUUUUUCUUGGUGGUGAUGAGAAGCGAUUAGACAUUGUGUCAAUUAUACAAAAGAGAUUUCCCAUGUGCAUAAUUUUUGGUGGGGAUGGGAGCUACAUGGCGCCUUAUUAUCUUCACAAUGAUACACUGUUGACAAACCUCCUUGGUCAGCAUGUCCCAGCAACUGUCUGGAAUCGCUUGGUAGCGGGACUGAAUGCUCAGUUAAGGACGGUAAGGCAUGGAUCAAUUCGUACUGCAAUAGGUCCUGUUGUUGAUUGGAUAAACAGCCAUGGAAACCCCCAACUUGAGUUCCAUGGAGUUAAAAUUGAGCUGGGAUGGUUCCAAGCAACAGCUUCUGGAUACUUUCAACUUGGCAUUGUGGUAGCAGUUGGGGAUUAUUCCCUUCUGGAUUUGCAUCAGUCUGAUACUUGGGUUGGCACUGAUGAAGUAGUGAGGAUCUUGACUGAAGGAGAAAGAUUGACAAUGUUAAGGAAUGUGUAGGACUCUACUUUCUCAGAGUAGAAGAUUCAAAGAAAAACAUCAAAACUGCCCAUGUGGUUUCUUCCAAAGCUGCUGUGAUGUUUUGGCAUUAUCAUCUAGGACACCCUAAUUUUACUUACUUAGAAAAGUUGUUUCCCUCUUUAUUCAAUAAAAGUUCUAAUUGGUUCAAAUGUGAGGUAUGCGAGUUUACCAAACAUACUAAAUCUUGUUAUCCUAUCCAGCCACAUAAACUAUAGUACCAAUUUUUUUCAUUAAGUCAUUGUGAUCUAUUGGGCCCUUCUUGGGUUAACCAAUGUCAUGGAUUUAAAGUGGUUUGUAACAAAGGUUCACACAAGGGUUGUAUGGAUAGGAAAGAUUUUUGAAAAUUUCAUUAAAAGGAUCCAAAACCCAAUUUCCUUUAACAUUGUCAAACCAAGGAUUUUUGAAGCCUCAGAUACUUCUUGUGUAUUGAAGUAACUUAGUCAAAAGGUGUUGUAAUCUUUCAAGGAAAUAUGCUCUAGAUAUCUUAAAAGAGAUGAGUAUGAUUGUAGACCAAUGGAUAGUUCUACCAACCCAAAUAAAAAAAUUAAUGGUAGAACAAAGUGAAUCUUUCUCUGAUCCGGCAAGAUAUAGAAGACUGGUUGGAGAACUUAUUUAUCUUACUAUUAUUAGACUUGAUUUGUCUUUUGGAGAACUUAUUUAUCUUACUAUUAUUAGACCUGAUUUAUCUUUUGUAGUUGGUGUUGUUAGUCAGUUCAUGUAUCUUAAGAUACCUCAAAAAGGCUCUAGAAUAAGGUCUGCCAUAUGAAGAUAAAGGAAACACCUACAUAUUUGGGUAUUGUGGUAGUGACUGGGCAAGAUCCCCUACUGGCAUAUGCUCUACUGUAGGAUAUUGUGGUUUUCCUUGGAGGAAAUUUUAUUUCUUGGAAAAAUAAGGAACAAAAUGUAGUUCAAUUGUUGAAAUUGAAUGUAGGGCAAUGGCAUCUCUUGGAAACUUGUAUAGAUGAAACAAUUCUUUCAAGAACUUAACUUUUUAUGAAAUUCAACAAUUGAAGAUAAGAUGUGUUGUGAUAACCAAGUUGUUCUCAACAUUUCUUCCAAUCGAGUAUUCCAUGAGACGACUAAACGUACAGAAGUUGAUUGUCAUUUUAUUUGAGAAAAGUUACUGUGCAAGGAAAGUCGUAUUGAAUUUGUUGGACCCAAUGAUAAACUUGCAGGUUUAUUAAUGAAAUCCUUAAGGGGACAUCAGAUUGAAUUUAUUUAUUCCAAGCUUUGUACAUAGAAUUUGUAUACUCCAACUUGAGGGGGAUUUUUAGAAUAGGUAUUAAAUGUCGGAAGUAAGUAAUUGUAUUAGAAAACUGUUAUAUGAAGGACCUAUGAGUUGUACCUAUCUUUGUACCUAGGACUAUAGUUUAUGCUUUUGAUCUUUGCUCUUUACUCAAUCGUGUCAAAAUUCUAUCAACAUAAAUAUGAGAAUGAGAGGAGUGAUUAAGCUCUCUCAAAUAUAGUUUCUUUUAUUUAUCUCAAUUACAAUCAAAUACCUCACUCUUUUUUGUUCCUUCACCAACCUCUCUGCCCUGUAACCCCUCCCGUCUUUGGAUCUACCUAUUUUGUUCAAAGUCUUAGUUUUGGCGCUGUAACUCCUCAUGUCUCAUUUAUGCUGUUGUUAAUAGCAUUUGAUGUUAUUACGAUCUGUUCUUCCUUCAUUUUAGCUGCAGCAGUUAUAAGAAUAAUUAUUUUCCUGUUAUUUAGGCCAUAUUAGUGUACGGAAUUGUUGUCCUAUUCUUAUUUAUACCUCCCCAUUAAAUCAGUGAAAUAUAUUCACUUUUCCAGGGUUGGUCAAGUCUGAGGAAAUAGGAAACAAAUUAAAAUAAGAGGAACUUUAGUAAUUAUUAUUAAACAGAAAACACAUUCUUAAACUGAACAUGUAUUCGUUCAAAGCUGUUAGAUGUUGUUUAUGACUAUUGCUAUUCCUUGUGAUAGUAAGAUGAUUUAUAAUACUCACUUUUAGAAACUUGAUCUAUUAGCUUAGAUGGGUUAGGAAAAAAAGGCAGGAUGCUUACUCAGGUCUUGGCGUAGAAGCUUUGAUUUUUUUUUACUUUGUUAUGAUAUGAAUGGGUAUUGAGAGAUGAUUCUUGUUUCCCUUGAUCAAAUUGAUAUUGAAAUCCAGCACAAUGUAUGAUUUGCUUAUGCAUAAACCCUAAUCCCUAAAUUCUUACUAAUUCUAUGCUUAUAGCCUUCAAGUUGCAUUGUUUCUUGAUAUUUCUUAUUAUCUCGUAGAUGAUGAUUUGUACAGAUUCAGUUUAA